CACCGUCUUUCUACUUGAUUUGUUGUCGACACUCGACAGUAUGGCUUGCUACAGCUCUGGGACGGCGAGCGUUAUAUCUGGGACAUCUCUGGGAUCAAUGGGCAAAAUCGGCCAUCGGGAGCUCGUGGACCAGGUGGGCCAGAUACAGCCGGCCUUGGCCAAAAUCCGCGAACCCGACCAGGCCUUCCCUUUCUUGGCUGUCAACUGUGAAGGGGAGGACCUCAGCCGACGUGGAACUCUCUCUCUUGUAUGUGUGGCCACCAAGAACUACACCUACCUGUUUGACAUCAAGACCUUGGGAACCCAAGUCUUCGAUGAAGGCCUACGAGAUCUACUGCAGGACCCCGACCGGGAGAAGCUGAUGUUUGACUGCCGUCAGGAUUCUGACUGCCUUUGGCACCAGCACGGGGUGAAACUUGCCAAUGUACUGGACCUGCAACUUCUCCAAAUUAUCUACAGGGAAGAUAGCUCAACUAAACGAGACAUCAAGCGCCUCGUGCGUGGCUAUCAGCGCUGUCUGGAGAUCUACCUGAGGUCUUCGGAGGAGAGAUUGAUUAAGCUGAAGCUAUCCUGCAAGCCAAUGAUGGAGCACUCUGGCAGGGUUUGGCUGGAGCGACCAAUCCAGGCGAAGCUGCAGGAGUUGGCUGCCCUGAGCGUGAGAGGCUACCUGUCUCUCUAUCAGUUCAUGAAUGGGUGCCUCCGCAGCGGCCGCAAUAAUUAUGCGGCGUGGUUGCGAUGUGCCUCACAGAAGUAUGUGGAAUUCCUACGGGAUCGUGAGGUUCGCUUGUACGAUAAAUACGAAAGGAAUGCUUACCUGCCUUGGCGCCUCAUCCCUGAACGUGCCAGCACGUCUUGGGAGUACAAGGAGGAGGUUGCGUGCAUGGGCUGUAAGCGUUGUUUCCCGCUCUCUGAUUUUACCCUGAUUCAGCUGAAAUCAAGAGAGCCGAAGUGCCCGGUGUGUAGGAAGGUCUCCUGCGAAAACUUUUAAAGAGCACCUCAAUGGAAAACAUGCUUAUUAUGAUUGAAAAAGUUGAAAUAAACAUGGAAGCAUCCAAUUCGAACGCCGUGUCAUUUGUCUUCAGAGCACAACUA